AUGAUAGGCGGGCUAACCUGCGGGCGGUUCCGAUCCAUCAAUAAAUACCGCGGAAGUCAUCCCCUCAGAGACAGAGCGCGCAAACUUCAUGAGGGAAUACUUAUCAUUAGGUUUGAGAUGCCGUACAAUAUUUGGUGCGAUGGCUGUAAUAAUCACAUCGGAAUGAGUGUCCGAUUUAACGCCCAGAAGUCGAAGACUGGGAUGUAUUACACGACUCCUAUACAUAAGUUUCGUAUGAAAUGUCAUUUGUGUGACAAUCACUUUGAGAUGCAAACGGAUCCCAAGAAUUUUGAUUACGUUAUACUGAGCGGCGCUCGACGUCAGGAACUCCGUUGGGAUCCCAAAGACAACGAACAGGUUGUGCCCGAAGAGAGGGAAGUGUCCAAAAAGUUGGCCACAGAUUCCAUUCAUACAAUAGACAACGAACAGGUUGUGCCCGAAGAGAGGGAAGUGUCCAAAAAGUUGGCCACAGAUUCCAUGUUUAAACUCGAACACGAAGUCGAGGACAAAGCGAAGGCCAAGAGUGUGGCGCCAGUCAUACAAGAGUUGGAAGUGUUUCAGAAGCGAUGGAAAGACGACUAUUCCCACAACAGAGCCAUUCGGCAGACGUUUCGAACAAAGAAAAAGGAAUUGAAAGUGAUUUCAGAUUCCGAUCGAUCGCUACUCAAGAAGUCGUCGCUUCCUUUGUCUAUGAAGUUAUUCCCGGAAUCUAAAGACGACUCAAAGUUAGCGCAACUCAUAAAACUAGAAUCCACUCAAAGUUAG